GUAGUGGUCUCAAAGAGUGGGCUGUAUAUACACAUGUGAGAGGGGAUUUAACUAUAUAUUGAGCUGUAUUCAAACCGGAGCGGCAUAUUUCUGUUGCAGCGUUUCCAGCAAAAGAGCUUCUUCUUCUCUUGACAAAUAUUUUUCUUUCUGUUUCAGGAUUUUAUUCAACGACUAAGCAGUUAUGGAUUUGGAAAAAGUCAACGCAGUUGGACGAUUGGACGGUUUCCUACCAACAAAGCCGCUAUCAGAAUUAGAUUCUAAUGGUCGAUAUGUUGUGACCAAAAUGAAGAAAGUUCAAACGAAAUACGGACCUAGGAUUAUUGUAGAGCUUGAUGCUAAUUUCGUGACAUACCUUCCAUCCCGAUUAGCAAAACAUUUUGAUGAGGAAGGGUCCAACAGCCUUAAACUGAUGCAGGAGGCUGUAUCAACUAAAAACCUGCAACUUCAAUAUCUUGGAGGACCAUAUAACAACGUUCAAUUUAAAUUAUUAAAAUGA